GGCAGCAUUUUUGUUUAUGACCAAAGCAAAACCCAGUUUUAGCACUCCUGGGUAAAGAAUUCCCUGGGAAUGGAGGAAAAUGAUCAUCUCAAGAUGUCGUCCGGAGACGCAGGACACAGAGGAACCCCUGCAGAAUCUUCUUGGUCUUGGAUUCCACUGAUGAGGGAUCCUGGCUGGAUACGAAAUGUCUGGACUUGUAACCUGAAUGCACAAACCAUGAAUUACGUUGGGCAGUUAGCAGGCCAAGUAUUUGUUACUGUAAAGGAGCUCUACAAGGGAUUAAAUCCUGCCACGCUAUCUGGAUGUAUUGAUAUAAUUGUUGUACGUCAGCCAGAUGGAAAUCUUCAAUGUUCCCCUUUCCAUGUGCGCUUUGGGAAAAUGGGGGUUCUGCGUUCUAGAGAGAAAGUGGUUGACAUAGAAAUUAAUGGAGAACCUGUAGAUUUGCACAUGAAACUAGGAGACAAUGGAGAGGCAUUUUUUGUACAGGAAAUGGACAAUGAUCAGGAGGUAAUUCCUUACCACCUUGCUACCUCCCCCAUUCUAUCAGAGGGAGCUGCUCUGAUGGAAUCACAGCUGAAGAGGAACUUGAUGGACAGGGUGAGGAACUUGGACUCCACUGGAUCCUCACAGGUAUCAAUCCCCGGGCUUGCUUCCCAGUCUGCUAUAGAAAGCUCCUCGAUUUGUGUCUCUGUGAAGAAAAGAAGGAAGAGGAGGAGGAAAUCUACCCAUAAACUUGACAGUUUAAAAAGAGAAGUCAAUGGAGACACAUCAGAAGAUGAAGAAAUGUUUUCUAUACAGAUUAGUUCAGAGGAAGAGAAUGAGCCCGUGGACAAUAUGAGGAUAUCUGUUACGGAUGAGUUUAGUGAAGAAGUAUCUGAAAUAAAUGCUUCUGCAAUCAGUAUGCUUUCGCAGUCUGCACCAUACACCCGUUCAGAUGGAGAGUGGUCACCCCUUCAGAGUAAACCUAUAGAUUGCACAGGGCCAUCCUCUCAUCUCACUGUUCCAGCAGAUGGAGGCCUAUCUAGUUCUUGUCCUCAUCAAUCCUCUCACUUCCCUGCUACAGACAGUCCGUCCGGUUCACGCCCUCCCACUCCUAAGAGUGAUUCAGAAUUAGUCAGUAAAUCUUUGGACAGGGGGAUGCAGAAGAAUAACCCACAAAUGCACUGGGCGUGGGGAGAACUACCUCAAGCUGCAAAGUCCAUUUCUCUACUCAAGGCAAAGGAAUCCAGCAUGGUGAAUAUAAAUCCUUCAGAAAGCACUCAUUUUCGGGUAAUUCAAAGUGAGUCUGCAGAGGAGAUAAGCAGCUUGACUACUUUACCUGCCAUUGGACAGGCAGCUGUUGCGGCUUCUGAUGUAAAUGACCCCCAGCCAGUGCCAGCUGAGAUAAAUGAACCAGAGAUAGAGGCUGUAGGAGCAGCUGCACCAUCACUGCCUGCAAAUGAAGAAAUCAAACAAGCUACCGCUUGCUUAGUCCAGCAAGCAAGCAAAAUAGAUUCCCCUUCUAGAAAGAAAGAUAAACGAAGCCGGCAUCUUGGUGCUGAUGGUGUCUAUUUAGAUGACCUCACUGACAUGGAUCCAGAAGUUGCUGCGCUUUAUUUCCCCAAAAACGGUGAUAAUAUUGCACAUGGAAAGAAUGCAAAUGAAAAUGGACCACGGUCGGCCAAUCAGUCCCCUCACUCUGGUGGAAGUUCAGGUGUUGACAGUGGUGUUGAAGGCGUCUCAGAUGGAAUAAGAGACUUGCCUUCAAUUGCCAUUUCACUCUGUGGAGGUCUUAGUGACAACAAAGAGAUAACAAAAGAUCAGUUCUUAGAACAAGCAGUAACAUAUCAGCAGUUUGUGGACAAUCCUGCUAUCAUUGACGACCCCAACCUUGUGGUUAAGAUUGGAAAUAAGUACUACAACUGGACAACAGCUGCUCCACUUCUACUGGCAAUGCAAGCAUUCCAGAAACCUUUGCCAAAGUAUUCAUGCUUCAGUUACUUCAGUGCAGUUCUGGAUGCCAUUAGGUUUUGCUUUUAUAAAAUUUAUGGCCCACAGACAGCCACUGUGGAAUCAAUUAUGAGGGAUAAGAUGCCCAAGAAAGGUGGAAGAUGGUGGUUUUCAUGGCGAGGGAGGAAUAGCACUAUCAAAGAGGAAACCAAGCCAACGCAAGAUUUAAGUGGGAAUGUGCUUACUACAGAAGAGGAGUCAUCACAAAUGAGCAUUGCAGACAGACUAAAGGAUGAAUCUUCUUCAAGUGAUGAAGACCCGAGAGCUGCAAAACCAAACAUUGGGUCAUUACAAACAAACUCAAGUCAUCUCUCAUUAUUGUCAGGAAUCAGUUACAAAAAGACCCUUCGACUCACGUCUGACCAGCUUAAAAGUCUAAAGCUCAAGAAUGGCCCUAAUGAUGUGAUCUUUAGUGUUACGACACAAUAUCAAGGCACGUGCCGCUGUGAAGGCACCAUCUACUUAUGGAAUUGGGAUGACAAGGUUAUUAUUUCUGACAUCGAUGGAACUAUCACAAGGUCGGAUACUUUAGGCCAUAUUUUGCCCACUCUUGGCAAGGAUUGGACGCACCAAGGGAUUGCAAAGUUGUACCAUAAAGUGAGCCAAAACGGGUACAAAUUUCUGUAUUGCUCGGCACGUGCUAUAGGAAUGGCAGACAUGACCAGAGGAUAUUUGCACUGGGUCAACGAACGAGGAACAGUGCUACCUCAAGGACCUGUGUUGUUAAGUCCAAGCAGCUUGUUCUCAGCCUUUCACAGGGAAGUGAUAGAAAAGAAGCCAGAAAAAUUUAAAGUUCAGUGUCUGACAGACAUCAAACAUUUGUUUCAUCCGAACACAGAACCCUUUUAUGCUGCCUUUGGAAACAGACCAGCCGAUGUUUAUUCCUACAAGCAAGUGGGAGUCUCUUUAAACAGAAUAUUCACAGUUAAUCCCAAAGGAGAACUUAUACAAGAACAUGCAAAAACCAACAUCUCAUCUUACGUCAGACUCUGUGAGGUGGUUGAUCACCUGUUUCCUUUGCUGAAAAGAAGCCAUUCUUCAGACUUCCCUUGUUCUGAUACCUACAGUCAGUUCACAUACUGGAGGGAACCACUACCACCUUUCGAAAACCAGGAUAUUCAUCCGUCCUCAUCUUAAAUGCAUCUACAGCCUCUUGUUCUAAGGACUGGUUAUCUUAUAUUUAAAAGACACAGCUUGGUUUUUGCCUUGAAUAGAUCAGCUGGAAUCUGUGCUAUGGUGAGCAUUGUAUUCAUUUGUUAAAAGCAAAUUUGGAGCUGUGUUUCCAUGCUUAAAGUCACAUUUCCAGUGACUAAAAAUGGGAGUGGUGCUUCCAACUUCUCAGCCAACGUGCUCAAAAUGUGCAACAGUCUUUUUUUAAAAAGAUCAAUUACAAGUGCAAUGAUACUGGUUUUAAGUUAAAAAUACUAUAAGGUUUAGUUAAAAAAACCCACCAGUGGUUCUCAACCUUUUCCUCACCAUAUGUGCCAUGAACCAUCUUCCCAUCUAGCCAGAACCCCCUUCCAUUUAGCAGGAUGGGAAGGGCAGGGUUUCAACACCCUGACACCAGUUUGUAUGUCAAAUUGCGACCUCUGUAAAAUCAAAAAUCCCUCAUUUAAAAGAACAGACAGUAAUCCCCUCCCAAAUAAGCAUAGGAUUGCAUAAGAGUUAUUGGGCCAAAACUUUAGCUGGUUUAAAUUGUUUUUUUUUUCUGGGAAAUAAAUAAUGCACACUGUAAAUAGAAAGUAAGGGAAAUAAAAAUAUUGUAUCUGAUUCUGUCAUCCCUACUCACCUUGAGCAGUACCUUACUCCAAAAGCAGUCCAUUUGGAUUAAGGUACAGUGUAAGUCUACAAGUGGAAGAAUUCGACUCAUUGGGUGAAAUCCUGGCCCCGUUGAAGUAAAUGGCAAAACUCCUGUUGUCAUCAGUAAGGUCAAGAUUUUACCCAUUGAUUGCACAGAGUUACACUUUGCUGGAGCUGACAGCUUCAAGGGAUUUGUCAGAACUGAAAAGUAUUUUGUGAAGCAUUUUCUAUGGCUAAAAUGUGAACUUGCUGCUGGUUAAGGAUGCAUCUCAUGAUUUCACCUUGCAGCAUUUUUUCAGUUGUGUGUGCUUUGCAGUACAUCUGGCCAUCUUUGGCAUUAAUGAAAUCUUCCUUUUCACUUUCAGUUCUAUACCUGAAAACUUCUUUUCUCAUUUGCACAGACACUGGUUGUAGGUACUGCUCUGUUAUGCUACUUACUUUUCAAUGCCUUAAAUCUUAACUGUGUGCAUUGGAGUCAAUAUUGCAGAUCAUUUGAGAACAUUUUUCAAAUAAUGUACUGCAGUACUUUGCUUUAAAUUGUAACUUCAACUGCCAUACACCAAAUGAUCAAAAAAUUUGUGCUUGGAGAUAAAUAGUAAACUGAUUAUCUUUUUUAUUUUUAAAAAUAUUUGGUUGGGGGGGUAUGUCCAAAGCAUAAUUUUUUUCUGAAAAUGGCAUCAUGGGAUUCUAUGUUUAGUGUAUUUCAGUUUCUCCCAUAUCAAAUUUGCUCAGUUAAAAGGAAAGGAUAGACCCUGUUCCUGAUUUAACUCAAUGGAAGUUUUGCCACUGGCAGUUGGAAAUAGAUUGGUGCCCCAAAAUAUGGAUUUUCUAACUGCUGGCCCUGCAUACUCACUCAUUUUGGAUGUUAAAGUCAAGGGGCCAAUUCACAUUGCCCUGCAUCUUGAGUAAUCAUUUACACAAGUGCCCAAAGUCUUUCCUUCUUGUGCAGCAUCACUGGAUCUCUGACCCAGGAGAAGAAUAUUACAGGUGCAUGUCAGGUACAUGUAUGCUGUAGUUAAGUCAGAAUGAGUGCACAAGGAGGAAACACACAUUUUGACUUUCAGUUCUUAGGUCAAGUGUGCAGGGCUGGCAGUUUAAAACACAAUAAAAAAGAUAUUUGUUUUUAAACUGAACAAAUUUGGUAUUGAGUUCCUGAGACACCAUCAAUGUGGGCCUCAGGGUGCCAAUUUAAGAGAAUCACGUCUCUAAGUACAACCACACUUUAAUUUAUAUUAUGUGACUCUUGGCUGAAUAGGCCAGGGAUUAGGAGUAGUGAUAUGAUUUUAUCUCUGUAUAAAGCCUCAAUGAGACCAAUGCUACAAUAUCUCAUAUAGGUUUUGAUGACCAAAUUUUAAAAAGAUGUUGAAAAAUUGGAGAGGGUUCAGAAAAGAGUUACAAAAAUGAUUCGGGGUCUGGAGAAAAUGCCUGAGAGUGAGAGACUUAGAGCUUAGUCUGUUUAGUUUAGCAAAAAGAAGAUUGAGAGGUGAUUUAAUUGCAGCAUAUGAGUACACCUCUACCCCGAUAUAACGCUGUCCUCGGGAGCCAAAAAAUCUUACCGCGUUAUAGGUGAAACCACGUAAUAUUGAACUUGCUUUGAUCCGCCGGAGUGCGCAGCCCUGCCCCCCCCGGAGCGCUGCGUUACCGCGUUAUAUCCGAAUUUGUAUCUGAAUUCGUGUUAUAUCGGGUCGCGUUAUAUCGGGGUAGAGGUAUACCAUCAGGAGGAGAAAAUGCUGGAUAUUAAAGGGGUCUUUAAUCUAGCAGAGAAAGGAAAACAGGAACCAAGAGCAGGAAACUGAAGCCAGACAAAUUCAAAUUGGAAAUAAGGCACAAUUUCUUAACAGUGGGGUGUGCUUCUUCAUCUCUUGAUAUCUUGAAAUCAAAGCUGGAUACCUUUCUGAAAGAUAUGUUUUAGCCAAAUACAAGUUAUUAGGUUCAAUACAGGGGUGUAAAAUUUAAUGGCCUGUGAUAUACAGGAAGUCAGGGUGGAUGAUCUAAUGACCCCUGCUGGCCUUAAGCUAUAUGAAACUAUGAAAUAUUCGUUGUAGAUAUUAUUUAUUACCUCCUGUCAUUAACUGUUGAAUUACUGGAUGAACAUAUUAGCCGUAGCCUGUCCGUAUUUAUUUUGCUAAUGGCCUGUUGUAGUGCAUUUAUAAUAUAAAAAAUUCCCAGCCUCUAGAUAAGAUGCACUCAGUUCAGUUACCGUCCUGCAGUACUUAAGGCCUGACUUUCAGAGCUGAGCAACUGGAGCUCCCAUUGAUCUGAGCCAGAGCGAAACACAUCUGAAAGGCAGGUCCAUAGCGUUUAUUUGCUGAUGUGCCAAUCAGUAGUGAAUCCAGUUUUAAUCACCUUUUAGUAUUGGAAACAAAAUGGCAGUGUAGAUGAGUAGCUGAUUUAAACCAUUUCAGUUUGAAGACCCUACUACACUAUGGGACACUGUGCUCUGUCAAAGUUUGACUGUAGCUGUAUAAACACACAAAGGUAUAUUUCACUCUUAGCUAAUAUUUAUUAAGUUGGCUCAUGGGGAGAACAGUUUGGAAAAUCAAAAGCUUGUUCUGUUAGCAACAAAAGAUUUUGCUUCAUUUUAAAAUAUUUUUUUAAGUACACUAUAUUUUGCUUUGAUGGUCAGGCAGUUGUAUGCAUACAUCUUUAAAUUGGAUUAUUCAUUCAUAAAGAACAAAGUAGAAUGGUUAAAGGAAUUCUUACUCUUUCCGUGAAAGAAAAAUGUUGCCUGCUUUCAGUUUAAUGGUGGUUUCUGUUACAGAAAGAAUAUUUUUUGCUAACAUAGUGCAAAUACAGACACCCAAACCACAAUGUGCUCUAUUGCUACAAUAGACAUAUUAUAAACUAGACUAUGCAGUGGUGACUAUUGUUUAUUUUCAUGAAUCUGAUGAUUAUCCCACUCAACAUGGGUGGUCGUAGGAGGGGGAGGAUAAUAUAUGCAUCUCAUCAGCUAUAUUGAAGCUAAAAUUUAUUGACAACUUUUGGGAUUGUGGGAAUUUUUUAUUUUAUUUUUUGGUUUGGCUCAUCAUUUCUGUUUCUAUUUAUAUAUAGGAUUUGCUCUGUCUAGUGAAACUGAUGGAAAUCAUUGUAACACCUCAUUUUGAUGUGCUGAAUGCAAAGACAUUAAAGAUAUAUUGUAAUAAAUGCAAAGAGCUGAACAAUAA